AUGCCUACGCAAGAGCACCAGUAUGCCCUGAGUGAAAAUGACAGGAGUAAAGCCAUUAUUUGGUACCUAUUCAUCCAUCAGUUAACAGGGAUUACCAUAGAUAAGUCAGCCAAGGUUAUAGCACCAUACUUUCAAAUUUUUGUGGCUGUUGUUUGGAGGAUCUUGGUUUUAAACAAUGCACGGCCAUCAUCGGAAUCUGUGGUCGAGUGUUUUGUCAAAGAUUUCGGAUAUAUGAUGAAACAUAGACCCAAUUCAACCAUUAUUCAUGCUGAGAGAUAUGAGGGAUACCGCAGGCAUCCUGCUUGCAGCGCCAUGCUGGGCUUGUCCAACUUAACGAUCAGAGACCUUAACACACAGGCAUCUGUUCGGUGA